UUUUCUUUUUUUUUCUAUUUAUCUUUUUUUUUUUACAAAUAUUAUAUAUGUGGAUCUAUAAACAAUAUUAUACAGUUUGUUUGUGUAUCACCAAUGACAGUUGAACAAUUCAACAAAACGUUUAUUAAAAACGGUUUUCCUUUAAAGUGUAAAUAAUAAAAACGAUAUUUGAAAGGAAAAUGGCUAAAGACGAGAAAGGAAAUGAAAAGGUCGCAUUGAAACGAGAACUUGGACUUUUCAGUGCCGUCAGUAUAAUUCUAGCGGUUAUGAUAGGUUCAGGAAUUUUCGUGUCGCCAACUAGUGCUUUGGAAAGGUCUGGAUCUGUGGGAUUUUGCUUGAUUAUUUGGAUAACUUGUGGUUUCCUUUCGCUGUUAGGUGCUUUAGCAUUUGCAGAAUUAAGUACUGUUGUACCACGUUCCGGCGCGGAAUAUGCAUACUUUAUUGAUGCUUAUACUCCUUUGCAUUAUUGGGCAGGUCAAAUACCAGCAUUUAUUUGUUCUUGGGUUUAUGUAAUACUUCUAAGACCAGCAGAAGUCGCAGUUGUUAUAUUAACAUUCGCUGAAUAUGGAGUACAACCAUUUUCUGACUACUUGGGCAGUUUACCACCAGAAUCGAUGGAUCAAUUAAAAAGACUUAUUGCUAUGUUAGCACUGGGUUUGAUUACCUUUACGAAUUUGACCAGCGUGAAACUUUACGUUAAAGUACAGAAUGCAUUAAUGAUAUGCAAAGUUGCCGCAUGUUUUCUGGUAAUAGGAGGUGGUAUAUGGUGGUUAGGUACUGGUCACACAGAACUACUCAAAAAUCCGUUUCAUGGUACUACUGCGUCAGCUGGUAACAUAGCCUUAGCUUUUUACAAUGGUUUAUGGGCAUACGAUGGAUGGUCAUCAGCUGCGAUAAUCACAGAGGAAAUUCAAAAACCAGAAGUAAAUAUCCUCAGAAGUAUACUAAUAGCAGUACCAACGAUUACUGUUCUCUACGUAUCAAUGAAUCUGAUGUACAUGGCUGCUUUAACGAUUCCUGAAAUGGUCAGUGCACCUGCUGUUGCAGUUCUUUGGGCUGAAAGAGUUCUUCCUAGUUGGUUAUCUUUCGCUAUACCACUUGGAGUCGCAUUUUCUACAUUUGGAUGUGGUCUUAGUAUACAAUUUAGUGUAUCAAGAUUGUGUUAUGUCGCAGGAAGAGAAGGUCACGUACCUCGUAUAUUCAGUUAUGUACACAUGGAAAAAUUAACGCCAGCUACAGCUGUAGCAUUUCAAGGAAUACUCACAUUGAUUUGUUUAUUGGUAGGAGACAUUACUGCUCUCAUCGAAUUUGCUAGUUUUCUCACAUGGGUUUUUUAUGGUUUUGCUAUGAUCGCGCUUAUUAUUAUGAGGAGGACUAAACCUGAUGCGCCUAGACCAUAUGCCGUACCAAUUUUAAUACCAUGGUUGGUUUUUCUCAUUGCUGUUUUUCUCGCAGUCAUUCCUAUCAUCUACGAACCGUCCUUCAAAUAUUUGUUUGCUGUCGGAUUCAUUUUGUGUGGUAUACUUGUUUACCACGUUUAUGUGUAUAAGAAAAAGAAAAGCUCUUGGUUAGCUAAAUCAAUGUACCUGAUCCAAGCAUUAAGUUUGGUUGUUGCUCCAGAUGAAGAAGACUGAUUUCUUAGAUUAUGACCAAUAUUUGUAGACAAGUGUUACCUAUCUAUUUAAAAUGAUUCAAGAAUCUAAGAAAAAUUAUUAAUUUCAAUAAGUACAAUUAUUUAUCAUUAUUACAAUGCUCAUUAUUUUUUCUUUUUGUAAUAUCAAUAAAUAUGAGUAUUUAAAUGCAUUAGCUAAUCAUUUUGAUCUCAUAAAAUAAUUUCAUUUUUAAAUAUAAUACAAAAAGAUUUAUACGCAUGUAUACAAGGUAUCCUGGGAUUUACUAGCCAAACUGCAAUUCGUUUAAUUGAAAUUAUAAACAAAGUAAAUUAUAAUAAGUUACAGCAUAUUUAUAAUGGACCAAGGAGCAUAUCACUAAAGAUAUCCACCCAAACUUUACACCGAAAUUCGUAUUGGAAAUUUUUUGGUGAAAUAGAAUAUGGAUUAUUGUGGGCCCGUAUAUGACUAAUCUGAAAAAUUGAAAAUAUAUCAUAUCUUGUAAAAGUUCCUCAAUAAUAUUUUCGAUGAAAAAAAAUUGUCUCUUUGUACUGAAUUUGUAUACCAAUUACAAAAUUAAACUCGUUUCCAUUAAUUGAUUAGAAAUAAUAAUACGUGCAUUGUUGAGUAAUGAUAAACAAAUCUUUCAUUGGAUCGCAAUGUUCUUCAAAUAGUGUUUUGUAAUGAAAUAGGAAUUUCAUCUCUUUAUCUUUUUAUAGGAAUAUUAUCAAAAAUGUUGUUAUGUUGUUGUUGUUGUUGUAAUUAAAAGUAUCGUUUGCUAUCGUAGAUAAACAUUGUAUUUGCUCCUAGGUCAAAAUAAAUCCAAAUUGCAUUAUUGAAAAUGGAUAUUAAUAAAUACAGAGCGAUAUAAUACUGCUCUUUUAGGAAAUCUUCUGUUAUCUAUUUUAAUUUCAUUUGUUUAUAACUUUGUAAUUGAUUUAUUACUAGCUGAACUUUAAAAAAUAUUGUUUUCUUAUUUCCACUCACAGUUCACAGUUUGGCUGCUUAACCUUGGGACAUCCUGCAUACAUAAAAUUUUA